UCAGGCGACAGCCACAGCUGCGACCAGAGCCUUCCACACUCUGGGGGUUAGUGCCUGCCCAGGUUGGGGCUGUCAGAGAGCACUCCUGGCUGGUAGCUGCUCUACAACUGGCAACAAGCCUGGGUGAGGUAUGGAGGAGGGUCUGGCGCCAUGAGCCCAGUGCAGGCUGCCACCCUCUUGUGGCCGCUUCUGCUGCUCUUGGGGCUGGGCGCUGCUGGAGAGGGGGCCCCAGGAGAGACAUCCUUCUACUAUGGGACCUUCCCGCCUGGCUUCUCCUGGGGCGUGGGCAGCUCCGCCUUCCAGACGGAGGGAGCCUGGAACCAGGACGGGAAGGGGCCCAGCAUCUGGGACGCCUUCACACAUAGCAGCAAGAGACAGGUGCUCGGGGAAGAGACAGCAGACUCGGCGUGCAACGGCUACUUCAUGGCCCAGGAGGACGUCCUGCUGCUAAGGGAGCUGCGCGCCUGCCACUACCGAUUCUCCCUGUCCUGGCCCCGGCUGCUGCCCACGGGCGUCCGAGCCGAGCAGGUGAACGAGAAGGGGAUCAAGUUCUACAGCGACCUCAUCGAUGCCCUCCUGAGGAGCAAUGUCACCCCCAUCGUGACCUUGCACCACUGGGACCUGCCGCAGCUGCUCCAGGGGCGAUUUGGUGGGUGGCAGAACGCCAGCAUGGCCAGCUACUUCCGGGACUAUGCUGACCUGUGCUUUGAGGCCUUUGGGGACCGUGUGAAGCACUGGAUCACAUUCAGUGACCCUCGGACCAUGGUAGAAAAGGGCUAUGAGACAGGCGAGCACGCGCCUGGCCUGCAGCUGCGCGGCACUGGCCUGUACCAGGCAGCACACCACAUCCUCAAGGCCCACGCGCAAGCCUGGCAUGCAUACGACAGUAGGUGGCGCAGCCGGCAGCAUGGCCUGGUAGGGAUUUCCCUGAACUGUGACUGGGGGGAACCGGUAGACAUCAAUGACCCCAGCGACAUCGAGGCUGCUGAACGGUACCUGCAGUUCUGUCUGGGCUGGUUUGCCAACCCCAUCUACGCCGGCGACUACCCCCAAGUCAUGAAGGAUCGCAUUGGAAGAAAGAGCACGGAGCAGGGCCUGGACCUGUCGCGGCUGCCGGCGUUCUCGCGCCAGGAGAAGCGCUACAUUAAAGGCACCUCCGACUUCCUGGGCCUGGGCCACUUCACCACGCGCUAUGUCACUGAGCAGAGCCACCCUUCUCGCCGGGGGCCCAGCUACCAGGAUGACCGCGACUUGGUGGAACUCGUUGACCCAAACUGGCUGGCUCUGGGGUCUCAAGGCCUGUGUUCCGCGGCAUGGGGGUUCAGGAGGCUCCUCCACUUUGCUCAGAUUCAAUAUGGCAAUCCUCCCAUAUACGUGACAGAAAAUGGAGCCGCUCAAAAAUUACACUGUACACAAUUGUGUGACGAGUGGAGAAUCCAAUACCUUAAGGAAUACAUCAAUGAAAUGCUCAAAGCUCUAAAGGACGGUGCUAAUGUCAAAGGAUACACUUGCUGGUCUCUGCUGGAUAAGUUUGAAUGGGAGAAGGGCUACGCAGAUAGAUACGGACUCUACCAUGUUGACUUCACCGUCAGAAGCAAGCCUCGCUACCCCAAGGCCUCGGCUCACUUCUAUAAGAAGAUCAUCGCGGCCAAUGGGUUUCCAGGGCCCAGAGAGGUGCAAAGCUGGCACCAGGAAGCCUUGGAAACUUGCUCUGUCAACAACCAGCUGCGAGCUGCCGAGCCCCUGCUCGAUCACCUGCACCUGGCCUCGGAGAUCGCGGUGCCCACGGUGUGCGCCCUCUGCGUGCUCAUCGCAGCCCUGCUCCUCACGCUCCUCCUGCGGAGCCCACACUGAGACGCGGAGCCCACGCUGAGACGCAGUGCCACGCAGAGGCAGCGGCAGAGGCAG